CUUGCACAAAAUAAGAAAUAUAUAUAAGAUGGAGAAUGCGGACCUUGGAAAGGACAUUAUGAAUGAAUUCUGAAGAAUCAAUCAGGAGUGGAAGGGAGAAAAUACUGAAACAAUCCGAAAAUGCUGCAAGCUCAUUGCUAGUAAAGCAGAACAAGAAAGAGACAUAAUGCGAAAGAAAAACUCGAGAGGGACUCCAACGUCGAGAACAAAAUAAUUAUUUCUCCCUGAUAGAUUGCUUCAAAGAUGGAAGCUCUGAAAGAAUUGAUGAUUAUUUAUUCUGGAUCAAGCAGAUUAUUAAUACUAUCAAACUUGACCCAGUAGUAAUCCAGAGCGUUAGAGAUAUGAUCAGCAGUAUCUCUUUCAUAUUUUCAUUUUAUGACAAAUACUCUAGAACAUGUGAAAUCCUCAAGAUGGAGUGUUCCAAAGACUCCUGAGGAGGACAGAAAGAGGCCCAAGAGAAUUAUAUCAGCAAUAUCCAGAAGAUUGGCUGGAUGCUAUUUAUUAUCCAUAAAAAAACAUUAUAUGGAAAUAAUAAGAGUAUCCAAGAGUCUUGAUAUACCCUUGUAGCCACUGUAUAUUCUAUGCUGAUCAAUCUUGACCAAGAAGAAGUCACAUGAACGCUUUUUGAAGGAAAUACUGAUCGAAAUGAACAAAAGAGAGCUAUUUUUGAUAAGAUCUGCAAGCUUUUCAAAGUAACUUCAGAAGAUGACAUUGAAUCGAUCAAGAUCUCCAUUGACCUCUUCACUAAGCUUCUGAACAACUUGAACAUGACAAAUAUUUUCAUCACCAAAAAUAAAGCUAGUAGAAAGCUAAACAUGGAUGAAGAAAUGGAAGAAGAUAAGGAAGAGAGUAGCAAAGCAGACAUCACUGACCAAAAGCAUGAGAGUAUUAAAGGAAUGCUAGAUUCCAUCAAUGUAGAAGCCAACUUUAAAAAUUUAUGGAGGUAUUACGGAAGCAAAUUAUGCUAUGACAAUCUUGAUGAAAGGUUUUUCUUGGAAGAAGGCAUCACUGCCAAUGCCUUGAAUAUGACUCCCUUCGCAAGACAGGGGAAUGCUAAUAAAUUAAAGGAUCCUAAACAAGCCAAAAGAGAGGCUGAGUUGAACAACCAAAUUUCUAAUCCUCAUUUAAAUUCAAAACGUUUGCUCGAUUUCAAUUCUUCAAAUACUCAAAACGAAGACAAAGGGAUUACUCUGAGUUCUCAACUAAAAGACAUUAAGUUUCCAAGCAUGAUUCCGAGUUCUCCCUACAGUAUCAGAGCCUUCACUCCUGCAACUCCUGUCAGUUUGGCUUUAGAGAUGGUGAAUUGGCUCAAACUAAAAGCAGGAAAUGCCAAGAGGUCUCUGAAAGACAGCAACUUUCCUCCUGUAAUGUCUAAAUAUUUUGAAUACUGAAGUGCAGACACCCAAGAAAAUAUUCUCAAGUGCGUAGAUAUAUGGAUUAAAAAGGUUAGCAAAGAGAUCAGAUCAGAUGCCCACAGUAGUAUCUCCAAAGAAGAUUCCCUCAAUAACCUGAAAUAUCUCUACUUCAAAAUUGUGGAUGAGCUCCUCACUCUUGAAGAGAACAACUCAAUGAUGGGUAAAACCAAGGAGCACAAACAGGCUCUUUUUAGGAAUCUGAGCAAGACUCUGAGUAAAAUAGAGUUCCACAAAGCAGCUUUUGCUUGAGCAGCUGAAACUAUUCUCUUCAUCUACAAUGAGCAAAAGCUAGUGUUUGUCCAGCUCCUCCAGUUUAUGGAUCUAAGUGUCUUUGAUUUUUGGAAAUUGGUCAACUCUUUCAUUGUUGUUGAUCCCAAAAUGCCUACACCACUCAAGAGACAUUUUAGAGAUAUUGAGAUUAAAAUCGUUACAGAACUCGGAUGGAAGAAUGACUCUCCCAUUGUUGCAUUCAUCAAGAAAACAUAUAAUAGUCCCAAUACUGAAGAUCAGGCUAACUCAGCUUCAAGUAAGCAGAAUGAAGAUGUAAAUAUGCAAGAAUCUCAUCCUUCAAACAUGGAGCAAAAGGAACAAACUCAAAAGAAGGGCACUACUCCUGGCUCAGGAGAAUCACCCAUGAUUGAAGAAGAGCAUAACAACGAGCCAGAAGAGCACAAAGUCUCUAAACCUAAAAAGCCUCGGCUUGAACCAUAUAGUCUUUUCUUCAAAAGGGUAUCCCACCUAGCCGCAUACAAGGUGCUUCACCUUUGAAAACUCCUCGACCUAGAAGACUUGAUCAAGGAGCAAGCAUGGGAGCUGAUGAAGCAAUGCUUGAGCUCAGAGACUUACCUCAUGUUUGAUCGACAUCUAGACCAACUCGUCCUCUGAUCUAUCUAUGCUGUCUGCAAAGUUCAGCAGAAAUUCUUAGAUCGUGUCAUUAAAUUUAACGACAUUAUCAAAAAGUAUAAGGAUCUCCAGCACCAGCUCACAGGAGCUUCAAUGCAGAUAUUCCAGUCAAUGUAUUCCAACGUAAAAUUGGAUGAUGAAAGAUAUGGAAACAUCAUACAGUUUUACAAUGAUAUCUAUAUUCAUCCGAUGAAGGAAUAUGCUAUGAAUAUUAACAAUAAAAAUUCAAAAGAUAUAAAAGUCGUGCGGCCAAGAAUUCCUGCUCUGGGUCCUCAAAGUCCUCUAAAGCAAAGCUUGCCUCCUCUUAGGAUGACAUACCAGACCAUUUACACGAAUAGAGGGGCUGGAACGCCAAGUAGGUUUGGCAUGAACACUCCUGGUUUCAGAAAUUACCCAGGAUUAGCAAUGACUCCUAGAACAAAGACACUCUAUGUCUUUGGAGAGAGUGCUACUAAUGAAUUGGAUAGAGCUAACACAGAGAUUAAAAAGACAUUUAAUAAUUCCAAAAAGGUUCAUAAAAAUUUAAAAUUUGGAGCUAUCAACUCUAAGCUCAGCAGCCAAGGAUUGAAAAGCCAACUGAUACGCUCAAUGAAACAAGGGCCUAAGUCAGCAGGAAUCACUACAGUGGCAGGCAAACCUCCAGUUGGGCCUCCUCCAGUAGUAAUAAAAGGUAAGAAUAAUAAAAUGAAAUUCAAAGAAAGCAUCUCCUCCGAAGUUAUCAAAGAAGACGUCAAGAAGGAGGAGGAAGAAGAUUAAUCUAAUUUUUGUACGUCUGCUUCUUCAUUAAUCUGAAGAAAGCAAAUGAUAAACAUUCUCUCAAC